AUGGAUAACCAGCACAUCAUCAAACUCGUGAGAAACAACCUUGUGCAUCAGCAGCUAUGGGAUGAUGUGGAAGAGGCAAAGCUUGAAGACACUGAUGCAUGGGUCCUGCGCGGCCUUCCGCCCCAUAAGCUGAGUAACGAUGACCCGCAACUAGAUCAUGAAUGGAUUCUGCCGAUUGAGCUAUCGCAGUACAAGCCCGGAAAAUUGACUCUGGAGCUUAUGGACAAGAUCUUUUCAGAACUGAAGUGUAGAAGGGUGACACUUGGGAUUGUCAAUGAUGACGGUACAGUGGUGUACUACUUUAUAUACAAGGGCCUACACAAGCCAAAGAGAAACUGA